ACCAACGUAUUUGUGUAUGCGUUUUGUUUUCUGCUCAAGUUAUGUUGGUGACAACAAAAUAAUCAAAAAAUUAUGGUGUAAAAUCAUGUUAAGAUCUCUAAUGUGAUAACGGAACGGAAUUCAAGACAGCCGCACAAGACGAAAUGCUAAAUAAAUUCGCUCUCAUUCGAAAUGAGUGCCAGCAAAAUUUAUAUUUUGUGUUAUUGAUAUCGGCCCUAAUAUUGACAGGCAUUUCUUUGUAUAAUGCAUUUUACAAAUCUAAUCGUUUGCACAAUGAGGGCAACUUCAAUCGUAUAUCGCUGGACAUCAAUGAGGUCAGCGAGGUGCGCCUUACGGACUCCAUUGAUAGGUCAAGGCCCCGACGAACCAACUGCUCCAUUUGGACCUGCAUGGACCCAUACCGUUGCGGCCAUGAUCACAUUACUGUGUAUGUCUAUCCACUGCAUGAUUAUGUAGAUGCAAAUACCGGAACUGAGGCUGCCCCACUCACCAGAGAGUUUUAUCAAAUUUUGGAAACUAUUGUGAAGAGCCCCUAUUAUACCUCAAAUCCCAAUGAGGCCUGCCUCUUUGUACCGAGUCUAGAUCUUAUGAAUCAGAACUCGGUAAAUGUGGACUUGACGAAUAGAGCUUUGGCCUCCUUGAAUUAUUGGGACGAUGGAAGAAAUCAUAUUUUGUUUAAUAUGCUGCCCGGAACAUAUCCUACUUUUAAUACAGUUAUAGAUGUUAAUACAGAUCAUGCCAUGAUUGCGGGAGCAGGUUUUGAUUCGUGGUCGUAUCGCCAUGGUUUUGACAUAUCCAUUCCAGUGUGGAGUCCCCUGCUGCGCAAGCAUCCCAAAGCAACAUCUUACAAUGCAGGUUCUGCGGACUAUCUUUUGGUUGUAGCCCAAAUGAAUUUGCUGCCCAAAAUAAUGUGGGUUAUACAGGGCUUAGCCGAAGAUCAUACCAAAGAUAUUUUACUUUUACAACAAUGUAGCAAGCCCUCGCGAAAGACACGCUGUGCACCAGGGGACACAGUGCACCAAAUAUCAUAUCCAAAUGUGCUAUCCAGAGGUACAUUUUGUCUAUUGGGACCAAGUCUAAGACUGGGCAACCCAGAUCUCUUGGAGAUGUUGGCCUUCAAUUGCAUACCUGUAGUUACGAUUGAUAGUUAUAUCUUGCCUUUUGAAGACAUGAUAGACUGGGCUCUGGCCGCCGUAAGAAUACGCGAAUCAGACAUUCACCUGGUGGUAGAAAAACUUAAAGGCAUAUCAUUGGAGAAUAUCGAAGAGAUGAAACGACAGGGUCGUCUGCUCUAUGAAAGCUAUUUUAAUAGCAUACGAACACUGACCUUAACAACAUUGGAGUAUAUACAAUGCCGUUUGUUCCCGCAUGGUGAACGCAACAAGAAACAUUGGAAUUUCGUUGACAGUUCCAAUGGAGUGGCAUUAAAUCCGUUGUUUUUAUCCAGGGUUGUGACUCGUUCAGAUGGCUUUACAGCAGUUAUAUUGACUUACGAUAGAGUGGAAAGUUUGUUCCUCUUAAUAGAAAAGCUAUCGGUGGUGCCCUCACUUCAUGGCAUAUUGGUGGUAUGGAACAAUCAGCAGAAGGCUCCACCUUUAUUAUCAAGUUUUCCCGCCAUAUCCAGACCUAUUAAAAUUAUACAAACCAGCAACAAUAGACUUUCGAAUAGGUUUUAUCCCUACAAGGAUAUAGAAACAGAAGCCAUACUCACUAUUGAUGAUGAUAUAAACAUGUUGACGGAGGAUGAAGUGGAAUUUGGCUAUGAAGUUUGGCGUGAAUUUCCCGAUAGAAUAGUAGGAUUUCCCAGUCGUCUGCAUGUAUGGGAAAAUAUGACCUCGCAUUGGCGCUACGAAUCGGAAUGGACCAAUCAAAUAUCUAUGGUAUUGACAGGUGCUGCUUUCCAUCACAAAUACUGGAGCCACAUGUACACAUAUCGCAUGCCAGAAGUAAUUAAAGAUAUUGUCGAUGGCCGAAUGAAUUGUGAAGAUAUAGCCAUGAAUUUCUUGGUGGCCAAUGUUACAAAUAAACCACCCAUAAAGGUAACACCUAGGAAAAAAUUCAAGUGCCCUGAGUGCGCCAACAAUGAAAUGUUGUCGGCAGAUCUCAAUCACAUGCGGGAGAGAUCAAGAUGUAUAGAUGAAUUUACGCAAAUUUAUGGAAGAAUGCCUUUAAGAUCAGUUGAAUUUAGAGCAGAUCCCGUACUGUUUAAGGAUAAUUUCCCCGAGAAGCUAAAGCGUUUCAGCGACAUGGGAACACUUUAAAAGCCAAAGAAGCAAAUCAUAGUUUAUAAGUGCAUAGACAUUAAAUUCUAAAUUCACAAUUAAUGUUACUCAAAUCGACAAACGAAUAAAAUUCAUAAGUAGUAGUUCAAACAAUAAUAAUAGUAGUACACCAUUUUAGUCAUUGCCAAUGAUAAGUAUAUGGCAAAAUAA